GAAAAAGCACUACAUAAACGAACAAACAGAUAAAGCUGCCGUGUGGGCCGAGGACUGUUAUAGUAAAUUAAAAGACAAGAUUGAAAGCUUUUGAAAUUGUCUGCAUUCGUUGAACAAACAGCACUGGAAGAUGCUAUGCCAAGUAUAGGUUUCUUAUUUCUACCCAUUUAUGUUUAUUUAGAAAGAAAGAACCCUGAAAAAAUUAGUAAUCUUCCAAGAUCUCCAAAAUUAGAUGGGUAAUAUCCUCUAUAAGAACCGUUGGCUAGUGUCCAUGAUGAUUCUUUCUCUCCUCUUCAACGUUCAAGCCCAAGACAUUUUUGUACAGAACAGGCCAGAAUUGCCACAAACUAUUCAUCCGAGCAAAGGGAUUGUGAUCACAGUCCUGUCCAUAAUGUUUACCAUAACAUUUCUCUUACUUGCCUAUGUGAAAUUCUGUCGAGAUAUUCCUCGUGAACUUCUGAACCAAAAUCAAAACUUUCAUGGACUAACUCGAUCAAGGUCUAGGUUUUCUGGGAUUGACAGACAAGUAAUUGAAACUCUCCCUUUCUUCAAGUUUUCUUCCCUCAAGGGAUCCAAAGAAGGCCUUGAAUGUACCGUUUGCUUAUCCGAAUUCGAGGACAUAGAGAUUCUUAGAUUGCUACCAAAGUGCCAGCACGCUUUCCACGUGAAUUGCAUUGACAAGUGGCUUGAAAACCACUCUACAUGCCCUCUUUGCAGGUACAGGGUUGAACCAGGGGACAUCAAGAACCUUACUUAUUCGUUGAGCUCAAGGUCCCUCCGAGGUCCUUCAAAUCUAAAUGAGGACCCAAAUCUUGAAUUCUUUGUCCAGAGAGAGCCAUCCCAUCGAGGGUCAUCAGGAUUUGACACUGGAAGUGCCUUUUGGGAUAGCAGUGGUGGUACAAAGUGGGAACAUGUUCACGAACUCAAUCAUAAAAUAGUCAUCUCUGAUGUUGUUACGAGGAGCAGGUGGAGUGAUCUUAAUUCUUCAGACCUUCUAUCCUUGAACUGUGAGAUGAUUCAUGAUAUGUGCAGCACAAGAUUCUCUCCUUUGGAAAACACCAGAAAUGAAAAGUUUCACGGAACUUCAAGCCUUCCUUCUACUUCCAAUGAGGAAGAAAAUUCAUUUACGGCACUAAAUUCUACUGAGAAGAGGUCCAUGUCUGACAUUGCUAAUGUUCCAAGGUUUGCAGAAAUCAACAAGCAGAAUAGAAUCAGAGAAUAUGUGGCAUCUAGUGGGGACAAUAGGAGCGAAGAGAGGUUGUGCAGGAUUUGGUUGCCAAUUGCAAGGCGAACAGUCCAAUGGAUUGCAAGACAAGAAAGAAAUUCAGUUGAAUUAGAACACAAACCUUUAGCUUCAAACGUUUGAUCACUGUAAUGGGAUGGGACCAAAUAGUAGGUACUGUGUAUACUAUGUGCUGUGUGCACAUGUUGAUUG